AUGAGCAAAGACGUCAGGCCUCAGUUCCAGUCCCACACCAGUGUAAACUGGGAUCUGAAGCACAGGUGUCUGCAGCUGUUUCAGCAGGCGGCCUAUAAGAUUGUGAUCCGCUGCCGAAUGAAUCGAAGGCUGGUCUGCCUCCGAAAACUGAUCAAGGAAAUGAAAAAGGCUCCGACGGCAGAAGAAGAUGUAAAACUGGUAAAAUAUUCCAAGAUCUCUGCAGAAAAAGCUUUUAUAUAUCCCCACCCGACUUUCUCGGAACAAGACGACCCCCUGGCUCUGGAUUUGUCGCUGCUUCCUGCGGUUUCCACUGAUCUCACUGUUACCCCCAGCAUCCCCUUUUUCAGACUAAAGGUCCCUCAUCAUUACAAACUCAUGGAUUACAAACCUGUGUCGUUAUUCGAGGCCUACACGUCGUACAUUUCCGCCUCUUUGCCUCGACCUCUGCGACCUCUGCGACCUCUUCCUGCAGAAGAAGAACCUCAAGAGGGCGCUGCAAAGGAUUCUGGGAGUCUCCUCUUUGAGCAUGAGGAAAACACAGAUGGAGCAGAAGCAAAGUUAGAAGGUUUUACUUUUAGUUUCUCUGCUCCUGAUUUUAAACCGAUCCCGGCUCACCCUCUGCGGAUCUUUAACCCAGCCCCAGGCCUCCACGCCCACCUCCCUGUCCCCAAAUACUUGGAGUGGGACCCAGAGUACGACCUGUGUCCUCUGCCAACGUACCACAGGCCUGAUCCUGAUGAAGAGACCUCUGUGGCUCUGGUCCAUCCAAAGGAGAAGGAAGUCAUGGAGGACAUAAUGAGUUGGAAGAGAGGCUUUGGCGCGAGCGUGUCCGCCUGCCUCGCCAAGCACCGCGCUCACACUCAUCUCCAACUUCCUGCCAGUCUGCAGCCCGAGGACAGUGCACAGUUCUUUCAGUCAGUUUCCUUUAGUCUGCAGCCCGAGGACAGUGCACAGUUCUUUCAGUCAGUUUCCUUUAGUCUGCAGCCCGAGGACAGUGCACAGUUCUUUCAGUCAGUUUCCUUUAGUCUGCAGCCCGAGGACAGUGCACAGUUCUGUCAGUCAGUUUCCUUUAGUCUGCAGCCCGAGGACAGUGCAGAGUUCUGUCAGUCAGUUUCCUUUAGUCUGCAGCCCGAGGACAGUGCAGAGUUCUUUCAGUCAGUUUCCUUUAGUCUGCAGCCCGAGGACAGUGCAGAGUUCUUUCAGUCAGUUUCCUUUAGUCUGCAGCCCGAGGACAGUGCAGAGUUCUUUCAGUCAGUUUCCUUUAGUCUGCAGCCCGAGGACAGUGCAGAGUUCUUUCAGUCAGUUUCCUUUAGUCUGCAGCCCGAGGACAGUGCACAGUUCUUUCAGUCAGUUUCCUUUAGUCUGCAGCCCGAGGACAGUGCAGAGUUCUUUCAGUCAGUUUCCUUUAGUCUGCAGCCCGAGGACAGUGCACAGUUCUUUCAGUCAGUUUCCUUUAGUCUGCAGCCCGAGGACAGUGCACAGUUCUUUCAGUUUCCUUUAGUCUGCAGCCCGAGGACACACCAUCCCUGUGUCCCUGUGAUCCCUGCGUCCCUGUGUCCUUAUGUCCCUGUGAUCCCUGUGUCUGUCCCUGUGAUCCCUGCGUCCCUGUGUCCUUAUGUCCCUGUGAUCCCUGUGUCUGUCCCUGUGAUCCCUGCGUCCCUGUGUCCUUAUGUCCCUGUGAUCCCUGUGUCUGUCCCUGUGAUCCCUGCGUCCCUGUGUCCUUAUGAUGUCCCUGUGAUCCCUGUGUCUGUCCCUGUGUCCUUGUGUCCCUGUGUCUGUCCCUGUGUCCUUAUGUCCCUGUGA